AUGUCUGACUUCGUAGAAAGUGAAGCGGAGGAGUCGGAGGAGGAGUACAACCAGGAUGGGGAGGUUGUGCCCAGAGUAACCAAGAAGUUUGUAGAGGAAGAUGAGGAUGAUGAGGAAGAGGAGGAAGAGAAUCUCGAUGAUCAAGAUGAGCAGGGGAACCUGAAAGGAUUCAUUAAUGAUGAUGACGAUGAGGAAGAGGAAGAAGAGGAGGAAGCCAGUGACUCUGGAGACUCUGAGGACGAUGUUGGCCACAAAAAGAGAAAGCGCACUUUUGAUGACCGCCUGGAGGAUGAUGAUUUUGACCUCAUUGAAGAGAACUUGGGUGUUAAAGUCAAAAGACAAAAAUUCAGGCGUGUGCGAAAAAUGUCCGAUGAUGAGGAUGACGAAGAGGAAGACUAUGGAAAGGAAGAACAUGAGAAGGAAGCCAUUGCUGAAGAAAUCUUUCAGGAUGGUGAAGGCGAGGAGGGAGGGGAAGCUGUUGAAGCUCCUGUUGCUCCACCAGAAGAGGAAGAGGAGGAAGAGGAAGAUGAAUCUGACAUCGAUGACUUCAUUGUGGAUGACGAUGGACAACCUCUGAAGAAGCCAAAAUGGCGAAAGAAGCUCCCUGGAUACACAGAUGCUGCUUUGCAGGAAGCCCAGGAAAUCUUUGGUGUGGACUUCGACUAUGAUGAGUUUGAGAAGUACAACGAGUAUGAUGAGGAGAUGGAGGAGGAAUAUGAGUAUGAGGAUGAAGAAGCCGAAGGGGAGACCCGUGUACGACCCAAAAAGACUGCCAAGAAGCGCGUCAGUCGGCGUAGCAUCUUUGAGAUGUACGAGCCUAGUGAGCUGGAGAGCAGUCACCUAACGGACCAGGACAAUGAGAUCCGCAUGACAGACAUGCCUGAGAGGUUCCAGUUGCGAUCCAUCCCGGUGAAGAGUGCUGAAGAUGAUGAGCUGGAGGAAGAAGCUGACUGGAUUUACAGGAACGCAUUUGCGACACCCACCAUCUCCUUGCAGGAAAGUUCUGACUACCUCGACCGUGGACAAGCCAGCAGCAGCUUCAGCCGCAAGGGGCCCAGCACCAUCCAGAAGAUUAAAGAAGCCCUGAAUUUCAUGAGAAAUCAACAUUUUGAGGUCCCAUUCAUCGCCUUCUACAGAAAGGAGUAUGUGGAGCCAGAGCUGCACAUCAACGACUUGUGGAGGGUCUGGCAGUGGGAUGAGAAGUGGACGCAGCUGAAGAUCCGCAAGCAGAACCUGACACGUCUGUUUGAGAAGAUGCAGGCCUACCAGUACGAACAAAUCUCUGCUGACCCAGACAAGCCCUUGGCUGAUGGAAUAAGGGCUCUGGAUACUACUGACAUGGAGAGGCUGAAGGACGUGCAGUCCAUGGAUGAGCUGAAGGACGUGUAUAAUCACUUCCUGCUGUACUAUGGGCGAGACAUCCCCAAGAUGCAGAAUGCUGCCAAGGCUGCUCGAAAGAAGCAAAAGCGUAUCCGAGAGGAUGGUGAAGAGGAGGAAGGUGAAGGGGAGGAUGCAGAAGAUGAUGAGCAGAAAGGGCCUGAGCUGAAGCAGGCUUCCCGUCGGGAUAUGUACACCAUCUGCCAAACAGCUGGGCUGGAUGGCCUGGCUAAGAAAUUUGGUCUGACACCUGAGCAGUUUGGAGAGAAUCUCCGAGACAGUUACCAGCGUCACGAGACAGAGCAGUUCCCUGCAGAGCCCCUGGAGCUGGCCAAGGAUUAUGUGUGUAGUCAAUUCCCAAGCCCUGAAGCAGUGCUGGAAGGAGCCCGGUACAUGGUGGCUUUGCAGAUAGCCAGGGAGCCUUUGGUCAGACAGGUCCUGAGACAGACUUUCCAAGAAAGAGCGAAAAUCAACAUUUCACCAACCAAAAAGGGGAAGAAGGAUAUUGAUGAAGCCCACUUUGCCUAUUCCUUUAAAUACUUGAAGAACAAGCCUGUGAAGGAGCUGCGAGAUGACCAGUUCCUGAAAAUGAGCCUGGCAGAGGAGGAGGGACUGCUGACUAUAGAUAUCAGCAUUGACAUGAAAGGAGUGGAGGGUUAUGGUAGCGACCAGACAUACUUCGAGGAAAUCAAACAGUUCUAUUAUCGGGAUGAGUUCAGCCACCAGGUGCAGGAGUGGAAUCGGCAGCGUACGAUGGCCAUUGAGCGGUCCCUCAACCAGUUCCUCUAUGUGCAGAUGGCAAAAGAGUUGAAGAACAAGCUGUUGGUGGAGGCCAAGGAGUAUGUCCUCAAGGCUUGCAGCCGGAAGCUGUACAACUGGCUAAAAGUAGCUUCGUACCGUCCCGAUCAGCAAGUGGAGGAAGAUGAUGAUUUCAUGGAUGAAAACCAAGGGAAGGGGAUUCGAGUGCUAGGCAUUGCAUUUUCCUCAGCCAGGGACCACCCAGUGUUUUGUGCCCUUGUUAAUGGAGAGGGUGAGGUUACAGACUUCCUCCGAUUGCCACACUUCACAAAGAGAAGGAACGCUUGGCGUGAGGAAGAGAGGGAAAAGAAGGCCCAGGAUAUUGAAACCUUGAAAAAAUUCCUCCUGAACAAGAAGCCUCAUGUGGUGACAAUUGCAGGCGAGAACAGGGAUGCUCAGAUGCUUAUGGAGGAUGUAAAGAGAAUUGUUCAUGAGCUGGAUCAAGGGCAGCAGCUGUCUUCUAUCGGAGUGGAGCUGGUGGACAAUGAACUGGCCAUCCUCUACAUGAACAGCAAGAAGUCUGAGAAUGAGUUCCGGGAUUACCCACCUCUGCUGCGUCAAGCUGUCUCCCUUGCUCGCCGCAUUCAGGACCCCCUCAUAGAGUUUGCCCAGGUCUGCAGCUCCGAUGAGGAUAUUCUGUGCCUAAAACUCCAUCCUCUGCAGGAACACGUGGUGAAGGAGGAACUGCUGAAUGCCCUCUACUGCGAAUUCAUAAACCGUGUGAACGAGGUGGGGGUGGAUGUCAAUCGGGCGAUUGCUCACCCUCACAGCCAGGCUUUGCUGCAGUAUGUCUGUGGCCUGGGACCACGCAAAGGCACUCAUCUGCUAAAGAUCUUAAAACAAAACAACACGCGUCUGGAGAACAGGACCCAGCUGGUUACGAUGUGUCACAUGGGACCCAAGGUGUUUAUCAACUGUGCUGGCUUCAUCAAAAUUGACACAGCAUCUCUGGGCGAUAGUACUGAUUCCUACAUUGAAGUCCUAGAUGGGUCUAGGGUCCAUCCUGAAACCUAUGAAUGGGCAAGAAAAAUGGCAGUGGAUGCCUUAGAAUAUGAUGAGUCGGCAGAGGACGCUAAUCCUGCAGGAGCUCUAGAGGAGAUCUUGGAAAACCCCGAGCGUCUGAAAGACCUGGAUCUCGAUGCCUUUGCUGAAGAACUGGAAAGACAGGGCUACGGUGACAAGCAUAUCACUUUAUAUGACAUUCGAGCUGAACUAAGCUGCAGGUACAAGGACCUGAGAACCCCAUACCGUUCUCCAAACACAGAAGAGGUCUUCAAUAUGCUGACCAAAGAAACUCCAGAGACUUUUUAUAUAGGUAAAAUGAUCAUCUGCAAUGUCACUGGGAUAGCCCACAGGCGGCCGCAAGGAGAAAGCUACGACCAGGCAAUACGGAACGAUGAAACUGGCCUUUGGCAGUGUCCUUUCUGUCAGCAGGAUAAUUUUCCAGAGCUGAGCGAGGUUUGGAACCACUUUGACAGCGGUUCCUGCCCCGGUCAGGCCAUUGGAGUGAAGACACGCCUGGAUAAUGGUGUUGCUGGCUUCAUCCCAACAAAAUUUCUUAGUGAUAAGGUGGUCAAGCGGCCAGAAGAAAGAGUGAAGGUGGGAAUGACCGUUCACUGCAGGAUUAUGAAGAUCGACAUUGAGAAGUUCAGUGCAGACCUGACCUGCAGGACCUCAGACCUGAUGGAUAAGAACAACGAGUGGAAACUGCCUAAAGACACUUACUAUGACUUUGACUCUGAGGCAGCAGAUCACAAACAGGAAGAAGACCUGAAAAGAAAGCAGCAGCGGACAACGUACAUCAAGAGAGUAAUUGCUCACCCAUCAUUCCACAACAUUAGCUUCAAGCAAGCCGAGAAGAUGAUGGAGACCAUGGACCAAGGGGAUGUGAUUAUUCGGCCAAGUAGCAAAGGGGAGAACCACCUGACUGUCACCUGGAAGGUGAACGAUGGGAUUUACCAGCACGUGGAUGUCCGAGAAGAGGGCAAGGAGAAUGCCUUCAGCCUGGGCUCCACGCUUUGGAUUAACACAGAGGAGUUUGAAGACCUGGAUGAAAUUGUUGCUCGCUAUGUCCAGCCAAUGGCUUCUUUUGCCAGAGACCUGUUGAAUCACAAAUACUAUCAGGACUGCAAUGGUGGAGACAAGAAGAAGCUGGAAGAGUUGCUGAUAAAGACCAAGAAAGAGAAGCCAACGUUUAUUCCCUACUUUAUCAGUGCCUGUAAAGAUCUACCUGGCAAAUUCCUCUUGGGAUAUCAGCCUCGAGGCAAACCAAGGAUAGAGUAUGUGACAGUGACACCAGAAGGAUUCCGCUACCGGGGCCAGGUCUUCCCUACCGUGAAUGGACUCUUCCGUUGGUUUAUAUUUUAUGCAGGUAUUACUCCCAGCAGUAGCAGUCGGACCAGGACUCCAGCCUCCAUUAAUGCUACUCCAGCUAACAUUAACCUGGCAGACCUGACCCGUGCAGUGAAUGCUCUACCGCAGAACAUGACCUCUCAGAUGUUCAGUGCCAUCGCUGCCGUGACAGGCCAGGGACAGAACCCAAAUGCCACCCCAGCGCAGUGGGCAUCCAGUCAAUACGGCUACGGAGGCAGCGGAGGCGGCAGCAGCGCGUACCACGUCUUCACGACUCCAGCACAGCAACCGGUGGCCACCCCUCUGAUGACCCCCAGUUACUCCUACACUACCCCCAGCCAGCCGAUUACAACGCCCCAGUACCAGCUCCAGGCCAACACCACACCCCAGUCCACCCAGUCCCAGACACAGUCGCAGCCAUCGUCCAGCUCCAGGCAGAGGCAGCAGCCAAAGACCAACAGUCACGCUGCAAUCGACUGGGGGAAGAUGGCCGAGCAGUGGCUUCAGGAGAAGGAGGCUGAACGAAGGAAACAGAAGCAGAGGUUGACUCCUCGCCCAUCUCCCAGCCCCAUGAUUGAGAGCACGCCCAUGUCCAUCGCUGGGGACGCCACACCGCUGCUGGAUGAGAUGGAUCGAUAG